GGUCCAGCCCGCUUCGGUUCUUCCUCCCAGUCCCGUCCGUCGCUUGGCUGCUGUAGAGGUCGCCCGUCGCCGUCUCCCCCCUGUCCGGUCCGGCUAUCUCUCUCUCCCUCCCUGCUCGGCUUUGACCUCAGCUCGCAAUGAACUCUCUACUGCGGCCGCCGCUGCCGGGGCCGACGCCUAGACUGAGCGCGAGGCGUCGGGUCUCGUCGCCAGCGCCGGUGCGGGUCGGCUCGGCGGUGCUGGCCGGCGGCGAGCGCAGAUGCCAACGGGGGCUAGCAGUGGCGACGUCGGUGGCUCCGUCGUGGAUGGAGGAGGCCGGGGUGGCGGUGCUGGAGGAGGGCGGGCGGAGGAACCCGUCAGUGUCGGACUCGUACCGCGCGGCGGGGCUGCCGCAGCCCAACGCCACGGUGCUGGAUGCGCAGGCGCGGGUGUGCACAGGGCCCGCACAGACGCGCCCGCUCGGGGAGGAGCAGGCCAUGCGCGUCCUCGACACUAUCCUCCGCUCCGCAAUUGGAGAACUCAAAGAGGAGCCAGUCUCUAGUGCACAGUUAGGUGCAUUCUUCGCAGGCAUGACAAUAAGAGCUAACUCGUUUCCAGAGGCCACCCAAUGGAGUGAGGGCGAGCGACGCGCCAUGAGCAUAUUUUGGCCACGCCUUGUGCAGGUCCUUCCUCCUGAGGUGAAGUUUAUAGCAGACCCUGAAGGCACGAUCUUGGGUGCGAAUGGUUUAGCAGAGCCUCGGUAUGUUGGCCAAGGAACUGGAGAGAUGAGACUCGUCGGUGCUCUGAGGGAAGUGCUUGCUGGUGGCCAUUUAGGUUAUGAGGAGGUUCAAUGCGUACUAAAGGAUAUCCUACCAAUUGGAUCGAGUUCAGAUUCGACAGUGGUUAGUCAAGCACUGCUAGCGGCAUUUUUGAUUGGACAGCGGAUGAAUAGAGAAACUGAUCGUGAGCUCAAAGCGUAUUGCCUAGCCUUUGAUGAUGAACUAGGUCCUCCUCCGGUUGCUGACGUCAAGUCGUUGACACACUAUGGUGAACCAUAUGAUGGCAAUACACGUUUUUUUAAGAGUACUCUAUUUGUUGCAGCGGUUCGAGCCUGCUAUGGUGAAUCCUGCCUCCUCCACGGUGUUGAAUGGAUGCCACCCAAGGGUGGAAUAACAGAAGGACAAAUGCUUAAAUUCAUGGGUGCAAACAUACACUUAUCCCCAACACAAGCCAAGAUAUUGUUGGAGGAUGAAACUGCUGGUUUUGCAUACUUGAAUCUUCAGGAAGCUUGUCCACCAUUAUAUUCGAUUAUUGGACUCAGGGAGCAUAUUAAGAAACGGCCACCGUUGGCUACCUCUGAGAAAGUUCAACAAUUUGUGAGGGCACGGGGGAGAGAAUCAAUGGUUGCAGGAUUUUAUCAUGAAGGCUAUGAAGAUCCGUUGCUUAUGCUGAUGAGAAGGAGAACUGUUCAUGCUGGACUAGUUGUAAAGGGUGAGGAAGGUGCGCUCUCAAUGACAACCAAGGAAAGAUCAGCUCAUGCAUCAAAAGGACUUCCUGUUAACCACUGUUCAGGGUUCCGGACACCCAACAGCAUAAAUUCCUCUAAAACUGAUGGUAUUCCUAGAGAAAGCUUCAGGGUCAUUGUGAAUGCCCAGGAACUUGGUUUUGAAUCCACCGAAACUCCCAGAACUGAUAGAUCAAUUCUAAAGAACUUGGAGUUCGGCCUGGCAGCACUAGGUGGCGAGAAAGGAGCAGCCUACGACCGGAUAGUCCUCAACGCAGCUAUGGCUGACCACUUGCUAGGCUGCAGCGGAGCCGAGGACAUCGACGCUGCGCUCGACCGUGCGAGGGAGGCCAUUGAUAGCGGCGAAGCUCUGAGAAGGCUCAUGAGCUACAUAAAGAUCUCGCACAGAGUCUCCUAGGCUAGCGCUGACCCCGUGGCUUACUGAUUGAUCCUACAAUUUCGGCUUCGAGCCACGACUCGGGUAUCUUCUUCGCGGAGCCCGAGUGCCUUUGCCACUCGGUGUCGGUGUUUACAAGCCAGCGUGAAAUGUUCCCUCGCCUCAACGACCUGUCAAAAAAAAAAAAAACAGUUGCAAUGGAACAGUGCCUUGUUGUUUUUGUUUUGCCCUGAGAUAGAGAAGUUCAUGUUGAGUAACACGUGCAGAUUCUCCUCGGAUCAGAUUUAUAGCGGCAUUUUGAAUGAAAUACUGUGCAUGGUCUCGUCAUGGUUGAAACCAUGAUCAGAUUUAUAGAGAA